UGUCUCCGUCUCCCCGUCUGCGUGCUUGGGUCUGUUUUGUGUGCGAAAGAUGCUUGUGAAAACGCUUGGCGCGCAAAAAUGCAGCUGCUGCUCGAUGCCUGUUCUGAUGCUGCUGCUACUUGUGAUACCAUCCCCAGUGAUGGCCCAUAUAAGUAGCGGCUCCUCAGGCCCUGCUCCAGCCGAUCCCGGCCUAGUAAUGGUCAACAAAUGCUGCGAAAAGUUCGAGAUACACGUGGAUAGCGAGUGCCAGCAGGUCAACCAAACGGACUACUUUCAGCCGAUGUUCACCAGCUAUGGCGGUGACCAGAACCGGCCUGUGCGCUUCAAGUUCAUCAUUGGCAUUCCCAAUUGCGGUUCCAUGCAGAUGUGGCCCAUCUAUCACUAUGCAGGGAGCUCUGAUAAGCUGGUGCUCCUGGACGAUGGCAAGCUGAGGCACUAUACCAAUGCCGAAGACGAGGCCGCCGAGCAGAGUGGCGUGCAAACAGACUACGAGGACGACAUAGCUGGGAGUAGGGAGCCGCUCUACCAUGACUACGAUCAAGGACUCUACUGCAUAGAUAGGGCCACUUCCAGCACGGGCGAGGAGCAUGUUUUGUUUGCAAAAAUCUGUCUGGCCAAAAAGGAGAUCAAGUGGAGCGAUUCAAGCUUUCUGCUGCGCAAGAUCCUCAAUCCCAUCUUCCAUGGAAUAUCGCUGAUUAUAUUGCUGGUCAUAGCCAUUGUCUACUUUAUUCUGCCGACCCUCAGCAGAGAUCUGGUUGGCAACAUAGUGACCACAAUAGCCGUUUGCCUGAUGGUCAGCCAGGCGGCUGACCUGGUGCGCAUCUUCACGGAGCUAACGAGUCACGUAAGCUUCAUUGUGGCGGACAUCAUCAUGUGCUUCAGUAUGCUGGCCGCUUUCUUUUGGCUAAACAGCUUUGGCUACUACAUCUGGAAGACGUUCCGCUCGAGGAACGUUUUCCUGCGCGUCACCGAUGGCCGAAUGUACUGCUACUACUCCGCCUAUGCCUGGGGCUGCACGGGCACAAUGGCAGCCCUGGCUGUCUUUGCGCAUUUCUUCCUCGAUGCGGAUUCGUACAAGCAGGAGCAGAUGGUGGGCGAGCAGGAGACGAUUGGCUGGCUGGGCAUUUGCAUAUUCUUUGCCCCCAUUGCAUGCACCAUCGUGGUGAACACCUUCUUCUAUGUGACCACCAGGAAGCUGAUCAACAGACGCACUGUCUACGGACGGAUUGCCCACAAACUGAAGGCCAACUUUAUUAUGUUCUCCUUGAUGCUGUUGGUCAUGUCCGUGGCCUGGCUGUUUCUUAUCAUGUCCUGGCUGCAGCUGGACGGCCUGCUCUAUGCCCACAUUGUGGUCAAUGCCCUGCAAUGCCCGCUGCUGCUCUACAUAUGUGUGCUGCGGCAGCGCCAUGUGACGUUUCUGCUCAAGAAAUCCUGCUGCUACAACGAGCCCCCCUCCACGAACGACUGGGGCGACGAGCUGCACUACAUGAACGGCAACGACUACUGAGAUACUGAGAAUAAUCAGCCACCGACUCCCGUCUCCGUUCCGUUUAGGAUCUAAGCUCUAGCGUCGCUAAGUGUUGUCCCGUAGUUUAGCAAUGUCCAACAUUGAGAUUUUUGUACUUAAACUUAACUAAUUUAUGAUUUACCAGUUAGGGAAUAAAAACAAGAAAAGUCU